AUGUUGGGUCUUGGGAAUUAUGAAAGCAGUAGUGAGGACGAAUUUGAAAAGAAACCGGCAUUUAAUCCAAAAGUAUCCCAACAUACAUCGAAAUCCCAACCCGCAGUAGUAUCGGAAACUACCUUGAAACGAGAACCUAGCGGACCUGUACUUGGACCAAUGCAUGAGGAAUUCGAGACUCGACAAGCAGUUGGUGAGCAGUCAUCGACAUCUCGUACGUUAAUUCAUGACUUAACCCUGCCACCAAUUCCAAACCUGGAUAUACCACCGUCACCCCCAGGUUCGCCAAAUCCCUCGUCAAAUGCGAAGUUUGCACAUUUCCUGUCGUUGAAGAAACAAGAUGUUCACUUUAAUGACAAGCUAGCGGGCUCAGCUUCUCUCAAGAACCCAAGCUUAAUGAGAAAGUUGAUGGAACAUGCCGGUAUAGAUGAUCAAGCGCAAUACUCCAGUUCCUUGCCACCUGACUUAUGGAACAUAUCAAAAUUGCCAAAUUGGGGCUAUAAGGAAGAACUGUUGAGGGCGCAAAAGGGACACAAUGCCAAAGCGGAAGAGGGCAGGUUGAGGGGGCAAAGGGACAUCGUUGAAUUUGUAUCAGGCUCAACAUCAGCUCCAAGCAAGCUUACUACCACCAUGGAUCACUUUCCUGGAACCUGGGGUCGGCCCAGGAACGAUGUCUACGGAGCAUACGAUUCAUCUUACCUCCAGACCACUGGUCCUAAAACUCACACUCAAUCGCCAGCUGUCACUGGAACAUCGGUUCUAGCCGUCAAGUUCAACGGAGGCGUUGCUAUUGCUGCUGAUAACCUGGCAUCCUAUGGAUCACUUGCCCGUUUUACUGAUGUCAAGCGUCUCCGCGUAUUCAGCGAUUCCGCUGUAGUUGGGUUUAGCGGCGACGUGUCGGACAUGCAGUACAUCGACCGUCUUUUAGAGUCUAUCGAUAUCAAGGAAAACUACUCAGCGCAUGGCAAUCAGCUCAACGCCAAAAAUCUCCACACAUAUCUGUCUAAAGUCUUCUACAAGCGGCGCUCCGAGUUUAACCCUUUGUGGAACCAUAUCCUCGUGGCUGGGUUCGAUUCAGACAAGAAGCCCUUUUUGAGCUCUGCCGACUUGCUCGGUACUACAUUCUCGGCGCCGCAUCUUGCGACCGGCUUCGGUGCCCAUCUUGCCAUUCCGAUUCUGCGCAGAUUGUUCCCAGAGGAUAGACCCAUUGAAGAGAUCAGCAAAGAGGAAGCCGUAUCAGCUUUAAAGGACUGUCUCAAAGUUCUGUGGUACCGUGAUGCACGAAGUAUGGACAAGUAUUCGUUGGCUCUGAUUACACAGGACGGGGUUGAGGUACAUGAGGAUCAGCGGAUCGAGGCUCAAAGCUGGGCGUUUGCUGAAAGCAUUAAGGGAUACGGUGCCCAGGCUGUUUAG